GGUCGACGUUCGUUUUUGUCCCCAUCUUCGUCAGCUUGGUUCUUGGCUUUUCAGAAAAACUCCAGCAAAAUGGUAGUCAGGGACGAUUACGAGCAACGGUCGUUUUUGCAGGCUCCGCGAAGUACUGAAGCACCAUUUCCUCCAGAACAGUUCCAACAAGGACAGCCAGCAGCUGUGGGCGGCCCAGGUGGUCAGGUGCGAUAUCAGGAAGUGAACCCCGCCUUGUGGACGCUGGGGAUAGGCCUAAACGCCUUGUCAUCCUUCAUGUGCACGCUUGGCUUGGUGAUCCAGAAAUAUUCAACUUUUACUUAAGGCUGGACCUUGACAGGCAUUGAUUUGUUAAGAAGAAAAAGAAAUCAUAAUCAAGAAGGGGAAAGAAAGCAACUCAAGAACACACUCACUCACUGAGCCAAGAACUAGUGAUUCUGUUCUAGCGUUAAUUUAGCAGCGUCGAGAGGAAAAAGGAAGUAUGGGGACUUGGGUUUUCGCUUUUUAUUGCUGGCCAGAUAUUCAUGCCUGCGACCCUUACAAUGGCACCCCAGUCAGUCCUCUCAGCGCUUACACCAAUAUCGCUGGUGUCGAAUUCGGUACUUUUUGCAUAAAACGGAGUCGAUUACGAUUUGUUUUUACACGACUAGCGCUUUUUUUGGUGUCCUAUAAGUAACAAGGAGCGUAAAUUGUUAAACAAAGUUAAAGACCUGCAUGAACACAGACUCAUUAUUCAUUCGCACCACCACCACCACCACCACCACCACCACCACCACCACCACUACCACCCAGAUCCUGAGUCCGAUCAUCCUUGGUGAAGCUUUUACGAGGUACCAUCUGGCAUCGAUUUUAUUCAUUGCGAGUGGGUGUCUGAUUGUCGUUUUGUUCGGACCCAAUCCUGAAGACUUCCAGAUGGCUCGCAUGGACCUGCCACGUUUAACCUACUUAUCCUCGAGACCAGUGUUUUUGGUGUUGGUUUUAUGAAGAAGAUUUUGGGCACUAACUAGUUGUAGUUUGAGAAGAUUUUGGGUAGUAGUUUGAAUUUUUGUUUUCCAACAUGAUCCAGUAUAGAUAGUGAGGCAACGUCCCUCUAUUGAGGCCUCGAUGGAAUUUCUUCGGGACUAUUGAUUACGUGGAAACAUACGCUCGAGGCUUCAGCUGACCUGAUUGUCACACUAGUAGUCGUCGGCUGUAUCACUAUGCAAAUAAGUACGAAGAUAAAUGUGCAAUAGCUACCACCUAAAAACACUAUAAAUAAUUCACCUAUAUUAAAUAUAAAUUAUAUGUAUCACUUUCACUUGUUCUAAUCACCGCUGCCUCCUUCCUCGUUGUCAUGAGUAUUGCGAUUCCGUUAACGCGUUGGCGAGCAUCCGGUCAGCCGCUGACUGCGUUAUCCUUGAUGGUGACACCUGUGCAAUUGAUGCUGCUUUCACAGAUCGGAGGAGCCAUCUGCGUCACAAAUACCAAGACCAUUUCAACGCUGUUCAAAGACUCGUUCUUGGCAAGUCCGGAAGCGAAAGAUUGCCCAAACGUAUUCAUUUUUUUGUAAAAUUUGUACAAAACUGUCGUUAUUACAAAACUAUACUUUUCCUGCACAUGAUCUCUGUAGUAGUUUGCUGAAACACACGAUUUCUUGCACUUCUUCACGACAUAACAACUGUCGUUUACUUACAAAACUGUUGUUUGAUGCUGCCAUGUAACAAGCGUUGUGAAUUAUGGUGUCUGCUGGUGCACUCCUCUGUAGUUUGAAAGACACGAUUUCUUGCACUUCUUCACGUAACAAUUUCACAGUGUCUCGGCGCUCUGAUGAGAUGGACAUUCUGUUCGGCUCCUGGGAUUACGGUGAUUCUGAUCGCCGCAUUCGGAAUCAUUGGUCUUUCGCUCUUCAGCGUUGGGUUGCUGAAUUUUUGCGUCCUUCUCUUCCCAAGUUUGACAACUGUCACAUACGACGUGGGGUUCGGAUUGAUAUUAUGUUGAAGGAUAAGAGUUGUAAUAUUAAAACUUUAGCUUGCCAGUAGUUUAGAAGGGCAACUUGAGACGCCAUAAUGAUGAUGAUGAUGAUGAUGAUGAUGAUGAUGAUGAUAAUCUUAAGCGCGCGAGGGGUGCGUCGCUGUUCGUAGUACUACGAGGAGACUGAAUCGUAUCUAUAAUACCAGGGCGAGGGUGCUCGGUCGCUAAUUCUAGAACAAUUGUAUCUUUUCAUCUGUUGAUUUCGAACUGCUCUGAGUUAUUUAAUUAUAACGGAUAAGUACACCAAGAUGAACUUCUAAGAACCAUGCAGCUGAUUUAUGGUGCAGUAUAUUUCGAAGAAUACAAGAAUUUCAACCUCCGCAGUGGCCUGGCGAGCAUUGUUGGGAUUUGUUGUUCCCUGUUGGGAAUCUACUCGGUCUGGCUACAUGCGAAACAGGAAGAAAUGCAGAUGCUGUGGGUAGUACUAUUCUAUUUUCUAUUCGACAGGAUAGCAUGGGCAUCUUGAUCUUAGAGGUGAAGAUGCGAAAUGUGAACAUGAUGAAGAAACAGAAAGUAGACAUAUUAGAUUUCCAUUGUGCCAUCCAUGAUCAAGAUCAUCUACUUUUUACCUCUUUAUGAUACAGGUUUGAUAUAAUAAUUAACUACCAAACCAAAAAAAAAACCUUGAGGCUUCGAAAAAUGCUUUGGACAAGGACAUGAGUGCCUCGAACCUGGUGGAUAAAGGCAAGGGAUCCCGUAGCAAUUACGGAGCUAUCACUUGCAGUAAGAAGAAGAUGGGUUCGCUUUCAAAAUGAACGGAAGAGACGGGAGCUUUGAUGAGUUGCGAUUACAAAAUGAAAAUGAUGAAUUUGAAAAUCAGAAAGAUUCGUAGGGGCUUUAGCGUAGCGCGUUGAGGAGAUUUAGAACGCCCCCCUAUGCUGGUAUCCACGCGGAAAAUACGCGGGUAGGUCUUAACUUAUCGGGACUCGCUCGCACUACAAAAAAAGAGAAAGUAGAUGCACUGACUUAGUUGGAUUACUUAUAUGGAUUGGAUUCAUAUGGCAGACAAAACGAACCUGAAGUAGCAAGUUGUUGAACUCACUAUUAUUCUUGGAAAAGACAACCUACCACAAGACUGCCUAUUUGUACACCAAUUUGCAAACUUUGUACGUACACACGUUUGCGAGCAACUUACCUACAUUUAGUAUUAUUUAGAACUGUAUCUAUAACACUAGGAACAGUAACAUCAGCACUCCUUCUUGCAUCAUACGGGAUCAAGAGUGCAAUCACAUGCAUACGGGAUCAACACUGUUCCUCGCUACAGCCUUCUACAGCACUUUCGUUUCCUGCGUACUUAAAUAUUUCUCGAGCCUGUCACGACCAUAAUAUUUCUCGACGACGCUAGUAGUGAUAGAAACCAGUCGACGUGUAGGGAUAACAUAUUUAUUGAUUUCGUAAAAAUCGACACUAGUAGUGGUAGACACCAGUCGACGUGUAGGGAUAACAUAUUUAUUUCGUAGAAAUCUUUCUGGAUAGAACAUCAUCUCUCACAACGCACAUUCAUAUUCGACACUAAUCUCAAAAAUGACCAUGACUUCAUAUAUGAAAAUUCCAGCUCCAUGUGAGACUAUUUCUUCUC